AUGGUUUCUAUCGAUAAACUGACCAGGAAAGAACUUGCAGAUAUCAUUUCCGAGGACUUGCACAUAGAUGUUGCUUUUCCUUGCUUUUCAGCAGAAGAGCAAACGGGCACUGGUGCCUGUUGCGUUCACAAGCAUUGGCUUCAAACAUUGAAGCAGGCCCGAUUCGGCGAAAAAAUAAGCCUUCCACGAUAUUCUACCACACGUUACCCACUUGACUUUGACGGAUCAGAAGAAUUUGGGGAAGAUCGCCAAGCACUGACUACUAACAUCUCAAUCAACGUCUUGUUAAAGAGAGCCUCUUCCGACAACAAGAAGCCACAGCUCUAUAAUAGGUACCGCCAAGAUGGAGAAACAUUUUCGCUUGAUUCUAAUGAUGAGACAACUACGUCAAUACGGAUGUUUAUUAAAGAGCAAAUAGAGGGUCGAUCAGUGGCUAGCCUCUCCGAUAUUGAAGCGAUUUACGAUGAGUGUUCGCCAUUAUUCUGUGAUUUGGAUUCGCAAGAUGUGGAUAACGCCGACUUUGAAAAUUAUCAAUUGGCUCGACAAGAAGUGUUUGUUGAUCAAUUUUUGAGCAUAUUAUAUCCAAAUAGCGCGUAUUUUCGCGUUAUUGCUCAAGAGACGACAGAUAAUGUGCUCUCCCUACACAAAUCCAGCGUUUCGACCGACGCCACUUUAACUAGUCCCAACAUACUCGAUAUAUUUGCAGUUAUUGAAUCUAGCCGAGCAUAUUAUUUCCUUGCGUCUUACAAAGGCACCACUUUACAAGACUUACUCAAAUACAGCUCUGGCGUUCUUAACUCUAACGUAAAGAAAGCCUUCAUUGUAUACCAACUUCUACGCGGUGUAAAAAGUCUACACGAACGGGGGGUCGUUCAUGGAGGACUUAAAUUAUCAAAUAUUCUUGUGGAUGAGAAUCUUUGGGUUUCAUUGACAGGCUUUGAAUGCCGUGUGCCAUCUCUAUUAGAUUUACGUCAAUCUCCCGUUACUAGUCUGAAUGUGAACAGCUCAGGUCAGGAAAAUGGAGGUUUCUGGGAUAAAUCAAGUACAAGUGAGCAAGCAAUGACACCAUAUGAAAACCAGCAGGAUAAAGAACUAUAUUUACAAAAUAUACCAAAAGAGAUACCCGAUGAGAGCCUGAUUAUGAAAUGGGUUCGUGGUGAUAUAUCAAACUUCUCCUAUAUUAUGGCAUUAAAUCAGUUGGCAGGACGCCGUAUUGGAGAUCCGAAUUUUCACUUAAUUUUUCCCUGGGUUACUGAUUUCACUGGCCCAACGAUUUCACAAAAUUGGCGAGAUUUUACGAAAACUAAAUAUCGCCUUAACAAAGGUGACGAACAGUUGGACUUCACCUUCGAUGGCCCAGUACCACAUCAUAUUACAGACAUUCUUUCAGACAUAACAUACUACGUCUAUCUUGCACGGAAGACACCGAUUCCAGUGAGUUCGAAAGAGCUACUCCGUCACGAUUUACAUGUUGUGAAAGAUCCAUUUGGUAUUCGCAUGCCUGAACUUUUCUAUGAUGGCUUCUUAGAUUGUUCGAAUGGACUCCAGAUGAAUGCAUCCCAGAAUUCUAUACAGAUCCCAGUAUAUUCAAAUCAGUUCAUCCAGACAUGCCCGAUCUUCAAUUACCAUUGCAAAUGGGCCUCAUCUCCAGAAGAAUUUGUUCAACUGCAUGCUGAGGCACUGGAGAGUGAUUAUGUGUCUAGUCAGUUACAUCAUUGGGUUGAUUUGACUUUUGGUUGCAAGCUAAGUGGCGAAGAUGCCGUAAAAGCAAAAAACGUUGCAUUGCCUCUUUUGGAUGGGCAAGAUUCUUUUAUGAAACAUGGCAUAACACAACUAUUCUCUGAUCCUCAUCCUCAGCGAGCUACCAAAAGCUCUGUUGAGAGAUACGACUAUAUAUCUUCCAAAAGGCGAUUGUUGCCACGAGAUACUUUCUUUGACAAGACAAUGGGUACACAACAAUUUGUCGAUAAAGUUUCUGACGUGUUGAUAUCAAGUCUCCCUACUACAGAAAAAGUAAUUGGGAAGCCUACAGUAAAUUUACGAUCUAAAUUGUCGAAGCAAGCGACGUCUCCAAGACCUUCAUCUUUGUAUGAAUUUGGGAAUGUGGCCAUUGUACGGGAUAGGGAUAUUCCGGCUGCUUCGUUGCCUGAUUCAAAAGACGCCUUGACACGCGUGGAACAUCUGAUAAAUCUGAUGAACUCAAUUCCAAUACAACUAUCUGAGGAUAUGUCAGAAAACAUGUUCACGGAAGAGCUCUCGCAUUUUGAACUUGCCCAUUCUUUUGCUGCCAAGUACCGUCACCUGAAUCCGGCUGACAGUCAUACAAACAAUGUGGAAGUAAUUAGCCCGAACAAUAUAUUGCCAAUGGCAGAUUCAGAAAAUUUGUUCGCAUACGCGAGAGCGUGGGACAUGUACAGUCUUGGAAAAAUACUACUGAGUAUCUAUGAAACUUCACCAACCAACACAACUUUAUCUCAAAUAAUUGUUCCUCAGCCGGUUUACGAAGAUGGUGACGUUGUACCUGGUCCCCCUGAUGACAAUAUAUUUUCGCUACAAGUGCCAAUUUCUGUAAAAGAGGUUAUCAGUGCAUUGCUGUCGCCAGACUGGACUGAGCGACCUUCCGUUGAUGCCAUCCUUUAUGCGUCUGUGCCAGCCAUUAUGUUAUGUGAUAACAGAACUACACUCCCAAUUCCAGACUGUAUUCCUGAAGUCUAUGAUUUUCUGACAAGCUUUCACCGACAUGAGUGGAAAGACAAGCUUAAACUUGCAGAACGGUCUAUGGAUAAAAUUUGUGACUUGAAUGAUGAGGCAUUCAAUAUGAUAUUGCCUAGUCUGGUACUCCUAUUCGUUCAUAGCGAUACAAGAAUGGAAGCAUUGGAUAUAUUCCCCAAACUUGGGCGAAGACUCGGUCCAGAUGAAACAAAAGACCACCUUCUGAAACCCAUAAUUAGUUUGUUCGAGUCAUCUCGCUCGUCAAUUCCAAUGGCUUUAUUCGACCCUUUAAUCAUUGGAGAGUUUUUGUGUCGUUUUGGGAUACCAAAUUUUUUGCAACAACUAUUUCCAUUGUAUCUGGAAUCGUUGACUAUUGAUGGGCAACCAGUAGCUGCGCUUGCGCCGACGUCCGAAUUUCAGUCAAAAUACCUGAACGAAUUAGAGCUUACUCUAAGUCCAGUAUCGCCUACUGAUGCGGGCUGUGAGCAAUCUAUCCCGUCAGUAGCGCGACUGGCCAGUUCCGCCCUAGUCGAUAUCUGUACAUUAAUAGGUCCAAUUCUCACAUCUAAACAUGUCAUGAAACAAGUAUACAGACUGAUUCUUAAAGAGGGUUCUGUAUUGUUAUAUACCAUUCAAGCAAUUAUUGCAAUAUGUAAUCAAUUUGGGGAGACAUUUACUCACUUGCAAUACGCACAUAUAAUUACAAUAGUUGAUUCAUAUAGCACCCAGCUCAAUGCCAAGAAUUGCUCAAUUUUGUGUAAUCACAUCACACUUUUGGAAAAGCUUGCACUGCAAAUAUCGGCAAGCAAGAUUGUUUUGGAAUUGGAGUCGGGGUUUGCAAAUAUCCUUGAGCGACUUCUUGUCCAUGGGGAUGCCAAGACCUCAUCCACAACAGUUUCGGCGUCGAAAGAUCGAUUGAUAGUUUCCCAGAGAGUCAUAGAUUUCCUCCUUCACAUUACUCAUAUAAUUGGCAAGGCAGAAUGGGAAAACCAUAUAGUUCCUAUGCUACGAACGUAUUUCGCCGAGUUCGAAAACCUUCAUAAAAGUUCCUUAACGUCUUUUGGUAAAGAGGAUUAUGCCCAUUUGAAAGAGCCAAGAAGGCAGCAGCAGACAGUAUAUGCAUACUCGCAAUUCUGUAUAUUGGUUGGGCAAGAGUCUAUGCGUAGAGCCAUUCCUGUCAGUGAUAUAAUUGAGAACAUGAUGUAUGAUGACUUUGAAUCUGAGGAAACUAUACCUUUGAGAGUUGCAUCACCUUUAUCAGACAGUAGUACGAAUAGCAAAAAUAUAGGAAAUGUACACGUCUCGUCCUCACCUGUUGUAAGGGACUCUUUACUAUCAAGAAAAAGCGUGGCGUUUGAUGAUAAGAAAGUUGCACUUACAAGUGCGCAUAAAGAUACAGCUAUUGUUACUACAUCCGGAUUUAGUGUCAAUAGAACAUUUUCCCUUUUUGGCAAUGAUAAUAACAAGAAAUUAUUCGAGAGCAAUGACAAGGACGUCGAGCAUCCUGUUCGAAGCUUCAGUGUAGGCUCGCUGAAAAAUGUCUUGACGGCAGCUUCGGCUAACACUUCAAUGUCUGAAAGGCCGAAACAUAAGUCGUCGCAUCUGCUACGGAAGACCAAAUCCACAUCUGAGGAAGAUUUAAGGAAUUGGAACAGAUACUUAUCAACAAAUUCGGAGGAGAUGUCGAACUCCAUGCAAUUCACGUUCAAUGAUCUCAAAUUACGUACAUAUUUAGGUCAUUCUUCGAGAAUCUGUAGCAUUGGCACUAAUGAAAACGCGCGCGUUAUUGCGACCGGUUCACGAGACCGCACCGUGAAAUUAUGGUCUUUGGAUAUCCAUCACGGGAUCGAGAAUUCAACUAAUGAGCCAUUCUCAGAGUGUUUAUUGUCAUAUAACAGCCAUAAGAAGAAUAGCAUCAUCGAUGUUUAUUUUGUUGGAGCCGGCGGCAGUGCGGGAUUGGGAGACGUUUUAUGGGAUCCUGAGACAGGACGAACUCUUCAUCAAUUCGGUAAUAUGAGAACACCGUAUAUUUCAAUUAAACCAAUAUUUCGAACCCGUUAUCUUGUUGGGGGGCUCUCUGAUACUACAAUCACAUUCUUUGAUACUUUCAAUCACUGUCUUCUACAUACUUGGAGGAGUUCGGCGGCAUUUGUUGGAACCAUAAAGGUCAUAUGUACAAAUCCGGCCGAAACUUUGAUAGCAGUAGGGUUUUCAAGCGGCGUUGUAUCAUUACUCGAAUCUCGUACAGGAAUGUUGGUUGGUAGCUGGAAGGCUGGAGAUACCGACAUUAUUCACUUGAGGUUUUAUGCAAAUAAUUAUCUGGUGACAUGUGCACCUGAUGACCACGUGAUAUGCAUCUGGGAUACUGAUACGGUGACUUUAAUUAAGACUAUACGGCUCAACAGUGAUAUUGUUGCUUUAAAUAUGUACAAGGAUGAGCUCAUCACUAUCAACAACAGUAACACCAUAACGUUUACUCCGUUAAACGAGAAUCCUACUCAUCCAAAUUCAGAAGCUCAACAAUUAAGUCAGCUAUUACAUCCUUGA